AUGGAAUGCUGUUACCAGCCUGAUUGUGGGGAGUACACUGUGACUCCAAUGUUGGUGGCUCCAUCUUGUACACCGAAUUAUUGUGUUGAGGAAGCGGCAUACAUUCCGUGUCUGCCGCGAUGUCAGAAGCCAGUUUAUUACUGCUGUACGAAGGAGGUGCCGAAGAGAGACUGUUGUCCUCUUCCUUCGCAGCCGGUUUGCUGUCGCCCACAAUCUACACCUCCGCAGCAUGUGCAGUGUCCACCACCACAAGAGGCUUGUGAUUCUUGCUGUACCCAACCCCCACAACCACCACCGUGCAAACCACCCAAAACCAAGUACAUUAUACCUUGCUAUAGAUACGAAGACGGAAGAAUUGUGAGAAGGCUACCCGUAUCUGCAUUCAAGCGCAAUGGAAUGCAAGACCAAGAGCACUCGAAACUGCUUGGCACUGCGAAUUUCCUUGUAAGGUGUCCCCGUGAUGUGUCCAUCGAAUGUGACGUUCUUGUGAACCCUGUCAAAACAAAUCAACCUACGCUGCUGAUGCGGCGGGCAUGUGAGGUAGCCUGCGGGACCCGCCCACGACGGAAACCGUUUGUGGUUUCUUCCUAUUCAGCGGACCCGCACAGCGAAAUACGACGGUUUCAUUCUGAAGAUGAACGGUGUGAUAGUGUUUGUGUGUCGUGCCUGUGUCUGAGGGGGGCCAAUGCGAAGGCGGCGCGGGAAGGGGGCGGGGCGAGGUGUGCGGUGACUGUCCGCUGCACCAUGCGACCGCCGCUGCCGCUGCUGCUGCUCGCCGCGUGCGCCGCUUGCACUGCGCAAAUUGCAUGGACACCAAUUUUCCUCGACGGCAGUAGUCAAGUCGAUUUGUGGACGCAGUCAUCGUCGGGGUGCGCAUGCCCCGGCGGUGAUGGCGACGACUGCGCGUGUUGCGUGCGCGACGGCGCGUGUCCCUGCGGUGAGGUUGCGCCGACGCGCUGUGCGCAAUGCGGGCUCGAACAGUACUGCGCGAACAGUCGGCAAACGAGCACAGACGGAUUACCUAAGGGUAAAGCAAUCAGCGCCGCCCAUGGACAUCCGCAACGGAGGAGUUACGAGUGCGUUGCCGACCUUUUAGGGAUUAGGGAUUUGGAGAUUUACGGGUUAAGGAGGGAUUGGGGCCAGGGGAAGGACCUGGCCUCCGUGUGCAACAUCACGAUCGACUCGCGAGUACUCAAAACCAAGUCUGGCAAGACAUUUGGCCAGAUCAAGUCACCUUCCAUCGAGGGUCCUGGCGCCUGUUCCUACUUCUUGCAGCCAGACGCUGGACAGAGAGUUGAAAUACAGUUAUAUCGACUUGUCUCCGUUGGAAAAUUUAAUGGGUCGAGUUGCGUUGGAGGCUGGUUGCAGUUGGGCAGCGCGAGCGCAGUGCCAGCGGGCGGCGCGGCCGAGACACGGCUAUGUGGUGCCAACGAGCGGUACACACCGCCCGUCGUGCUGUUCGCCGACCAUGGCGCUUCUACUUUAGAAUUUAGGAUAACAGAAAAGACUGUGAGGUCACAGUUCCUCGCGUUCUUCAGUUUCACGUCGCUAAGUAAUACCCAAGGCGUUGGGUUUCACCCGAGGGGCGGCUCGCGGAUACCCCACACAGAUUGCGACUGGUUAUACCAAGACGUAUCGUGUCGGGGUUCUGGAACCUGUGUUCUGGCCAGUCCGGGGUAUCCUGGCCUCUACCCACCACACCGACGCUGUCGCUACCUCUUCGCCACGAACUCCGUUCACACUCGCGUCAAGAUCAUUUUCACUUCUAUUUUGCUACCAAGAAAUCACUGUAAUACGGAUUAUUUGACACUGCGGGCGGGUAGCUCGCCCUCUGCAUCCCUGCUUGGCACUCUCUGCUCCGAGCGUACAGCUACACUCGAACAUCCUGGACCAAAUCUCCUGCUGGAAUUCAAUUCCGGGCCAUUAGUACCGCCGUACGACUACAAUGGAUUUAUAGCCAAGCUGGAGUUUAUAGAGAGGAUCGACAGCAGUGGAGCCCCGCCCACUGUGAUGCCCGCUUCGCCGCCCUUAGCUGCGCUUACUCAUCAUAUACAGCAUGCGGAUAGAAUACCAGUAGAUAGUAGUGGAAUGACAAAUGAAGUGAGUGGGGGAAGCAAUGCGAGGGUUGGUUGCGGCGCCACAAUCCGGGGCUACGGGCCGGGCGGCGCCCGAUCCGGCCACUUCGAUUCUCGGGCUGGUCCGUGGCGCUCUCAGUGUGUUAUACACCUACUUGGAGCGCCCACCGACGUCGUCCAAGUAUCACUAUUUAAUUAUAAUUUAAGGUUACAAAGCUGUCGAUCUCAUAUUGAGAUUUUAGAGGGUGUUCACGAAUUUGGUGGAAGAGGGGAAAGAGAUAGAUCCGAGCGUGGGGAUCGAGCUCUACUCAGGGUAUGUGGACCAGUCGUGAGGGAGGCCAGGGAUCCCGCGGGCCGGUUCUUAAUACGUCAGGCAGUGACGUCUAAAGGUGCUAACUUAACAAUCCUGGUGCGAAGAGCGACUUCUCAAACUCAGGAUGAAGAAGAAUUUGUUGAUGGGGCCUUUGCUUUUCAUGAUGAGCAACACGAAGGAACAGCGUCUCCAGAUGCGACGUGUGCAGCCACACACUACGGGCUCUCGUCACCAGCUCAUGGAGGAGUUUCCGCGCCCUCACAUCAUCAUAUUUUCUGGAAUAUCGAGGAACGACUCCUCUGCACUCAUAGAUUUAUACCAGCUGCUAAUCAAAGCGUAACCAUUGAGAUCCAACGUUUGGAACGUAUGUGGAGCGCCGAGCCGACGGGCACGGUAGGCGCUGGGGGGUGUCGCACGGCGUGUGGAGACGCCGGCUGCGAGUGUCGCUCAAAUACACCACUCUACUACCACGAUCAUGUUGCCCUGGUCGCUGGCGACGGCACGCAUCUAUCCUGUCUCUGUGGAGACUUUCAGGCGGCGUGGUUGCCGGUCGUGGUGCGGAGUUGGACGAGUGUUCGGUUGGAGUAUUCCGUCGCACAUUACACAUAUGCAAGCCGCGGUUUUGAUUACGCGGCCGCAUAUAGCUUCAACGAUGAUGCCAUGUGCGGUCAACGCACAUACACCACUCACUCCGGUGAAAUAUCGUCCAGGAACGUGUCGGUUACGGGUAGUCUCAACGAGUUUUUCUAUCAACAAUGCACUUGGGUAUUAGACUCCAACGUAGAGCGGCAGUUGUUCAUUGACAUCACGUCUGAACAGGACAAGUCGUGUGGGUCAUGGAACAUCACGUUACACGAGUGGUCGGGGCCGGGCGGAGGGACUCAAGACUCGGGUCUGGCCGCCGCCGCUGGGGACCUUUUGUACACGUUCUGUGCCAGGCACAAGAAUCACACAUACACCCUACCCUGGCGGCUCAACACUGUCGUCAUUAGGUUAGUAGCACUAUCUCGUCAACAGCCGCUCUACACGAUAAGAUGGCGGUCCCAAGUUGUGCGUGCUAACACGCGCCUGGGGCCCCCCACACCAGCACCAGCAGCAUCAGCCGCAGCCACCAGCAUCGUCGUCACUAGGAUCCUUUUAUACCUGCUUUGCUUAACACUACUAAGACUUUGA